GGGAAAAAGGUAGGUUUAAUUAAUUCAGACGAGAUGGGAGGGAUGGAGCUGCUGUCCCUGCUGAGGAACCAGAGGCUGUGCUGUCGUUCUCCUGCAUGUAGCUGAGUGUUCGCAGUGAGGACGUCUCUGUGGCUGCUCACUGGGAACCAGACACCAGUCUUGAACAGCCACGAUUCCACAUCUAUGAGCGACUGACUGGAGGUGUGUGUCGAAAGCUGAGCAAUGAACAGGGCUGGUAGAUGGUCUGGACUUGGAUCAGCAGUACCCACAGGUCUGACCUGUUGGGAAACGUUUCUCCUCUGAGGGAUGAGGAGUAAUUACACAUAUUAACCUGUGGACCUGCACCUGACCAGAUUUUAUUGUUCCUGCUGCAGUGAGACAGGUGCUCUAUUCCACAAGGAACCUGAAGCCAACAUAUUUUUUGUAUCUUCUUUUUUUUUUACAUUUUGGUAAUCGAUGCCAACCUGAAAGGAUUGACCCUCAGCAUCACCCCAUCUGUUCAUAUGACCUCCUGUGUGCUCCCCAAGGUGGCUGUUGUAAAGAGGCAGCGAUGAUAUCAGAGAACUUCUCAUUUGUCUUUUUAUCCAACUCAGUACAAGGGUAACCAUUACCCCCUACCACCACCCCCUGACCCACAGGCACUGUUAGCACACAUCAAGACGUGUUCUGAGGAAGCAUGGGAGACAUGAGCUGGGUGUGUCUGAGCCCGUCGGAGUUCAACCAGCUGCAGCAGUACAGCGAGUACUCCACAAAGAAGCUGAAGGAUGUUCUGGAGGAGUUUCAUGGUGGAGGAGUUCUUUCCAAAUACAAUCCAGAGCAGAUGCAAGAUGUUCUGAACCAACCGAUUGACUAUGAUGGCUUCCAGCUCUUUAUGGCCACUUACCUGGAAAACGAUAUUCCAGAGGAGCUCUGUCAGCAUCUGUUCACCUCGUUCAAGAGCAAGACGGGCCGCUGCUCUCCAGAUCAGCCUCGGGCAGGAUCCAGCUUACUGGGGAUAAAUGGGAAGAGCAUCCUGUCUGCGAUGGGCCGACACACCCCGGAGCACUCCAGUGUGAUGAGUGCAGCAGGCUCAGGAGCUACCACUUCCCCUUGCUCAUCCUGCUCCUCCUCACAGCAUUCAAGAACCGCGGCCCACGCACCUGGGGUGCCCCAUCAAUCACCAUGCACGCAGGACAAAUCUUCAGAGGCAGGUAGCAACGCCCUGUUGCCCAAUGCUGGUUCUGCUAAAUCUCAAGUGUCCCCAAAGCUCUCAUCCGAGAGGAGCCAUUUGGAAAAGCAUCUAUCCUUGGGGAGAAGCCCAUCGCCUCAGAAAGGCUCCCCACAGACGUCACCCCAGGUGGUCUUUCUCAAGGACAUCGUCUGCUACCUUUCGCUAUUGGAAAGGGGGACUCCAGAGGACAAGCUGGAGUUCAUGUUCCGACUGUAUGACACAGAUGGCAACGGAGUCCUGGACAGCUCAGAGCUUGAUCGCAUCAUCAAUCAAAUGGUGCACGUGGCCGAAUAUUUGGAGUGGGAUUCAACAGAGCUGCGACCGAUACUGAAGGAGAUGAUGGAGGAGAUUGACUUUGACCGGGAUGGGACAGUCACACUGGAGGAAUGGAUUAGAGGAGGACUCACCACUAUCCCUUUACUGGUCUUGCUGGGCAUGGACACGAACGUGCAGGAGGACGGGCAGCAUGUUUGGCGUCUGAAACACUUCAACAAACCAGCCUACUGUAACUACUGCCACACCAUGCUGCUUGGUGUCCGCAAGCAGGGACUCUGCUGCUCCUUAUGCAAGUACACAGUGCAUGAACGCUGUGUUUCCAAAGACAUCUCUGCCUGCAUCAGCACCUACGCCAAGUCCCGCAGACACACCGAUGCUAUGCAGCAUGUUUGGAUGGAGGGGAACUCUCCAACAAAGUGUGAUCGCUGUCACAGAAGCAUCAAGUGCUACCAGGGCCUGACGGGCCUGCACUGUGUUUGGUGUCAGAUUACGCUCCAUAACAAGUGUGCAUCCCAUGUGAAGCCCGAGUGUGACGGAGGAGCCCUGAGGGACCACACUCUGCUGCCGUCAUACAUCUGCCCCGUUGUCCUGGAUCGUCAUUAUGCAGCAAAGCGCGGGGAGGGUGAUUCCCCUCCCAGCAACAGCCCUGAUGAUCCCAAUCAGACCUUUAAAUUUUCUCCUGGAGAUGGGCAAGCACUGCAGAUCACCCCUCUCCCAGGAACUCACCCCCUACUGGUCCUGGUCAACCCUAAGAGUGGAGGGAGACAGGGGGAGCGUGUUCUCAGGAAAUUCAGGUAUCUGCUAAACCCCAGGCAGGUGUACAGUUUGGAGCAAGGAGGACCCAUGAAUGGGCUCAACUUUUUCCACGAUGUCCCUGAUUUCCGGGUGCUUGCUUGUGGAGGUGAUGGUACAGUGGGCUGGAUCCUCGAUUGUAUAGAUAAGGCUAACUUUGCCAGACAUCCUCCAGUGGCCAUCCUCCCACUGGGCACAGGAAACGACCUGGCACGCUGCUUACGCUGGGGAGGAGGUUAUGAAGGCGGCAGCUUGCUGAAGGUCCUACGGGACAUUGAGCACAGCACAGAGGUGGUGCUGGACCGCUGGAACAUCAACAUUGUUCCUGAAGACAAGGAGGAGAAGGGAGAUCCUGUCCCUUACAGCAUCAUCAACAACUACUUUUCUGUGGGAGUGGAUGCCUCCAUUGCCCACCGCUUUCAUCUGAUGAGGGAAAAGCACCCUGAGAAGUUCAACAGCAGAAUGAAGAACAAGCUGUGGUACUUUGAGUUUGGCACCACUGAGACCAUAUCCGCCACCUGCAAGAAACUCAACGAGUGCAUAGAGGUUGAGUGUGACGGGAUUAUCUUGGACCUCAGCAAUACGUCCUUAGAGGGCAUAGCUGUUCUGAACAUUCCCAGCAUGCAUGGAGGCUCCAACCUUUGGGGUGAGACAAAGAAGAGACGGAACUACAACCGAAUGAGCAAGAAGGUUGCCGACAGGAUGCCUGCCGGCACUGUUACAGAUGCUAAAGAGCUCAAGUUUUGUAUGCAAGACUUCAGUGAUCAGCUCUUGGAGGUGGUUGGCCUGGAGGGGGCGAUAGAAAUGGGGCAGAUCUACACUGGGCUAAAGAGCGCAGGACGCAGACUGGCUCAGUGUGCCAAUGUCACUAUCAGGACCUCUCGGCGGCUUCCCAUGCAGAUCGAUGGUGAGCCCUGGAUGCAGCCACCCUGCACGGUCAUGAUCACACACAAGAACCAGGUCCCCAUAUUGCUGGGACCACCUCAGAAGAUGCCCUUCUUCUUCUUCAAGAAGCGCAACUGUAGCCGCGACUAGGACUUAAACGUCCCAACU